UUUCUCUCUUUUAGGCUGAUCCUGAGUGAGAGCCAAAGGCUGAUGUUUGAGAAGCUGGCACUCUACUGCAACAGCUAUGCUGAGCUAAUCCCUGUGUCCUUUGUACUGGGUUUCUACGUGGCACUGGUGGUGUCCCGCUGGUGGGCUCAAUACGAGAGCAUCCCAUGGCCUGACAGGAUCAUGAACUUGGUGUCCUGCAACGUGGAUGGGGAGGAUGAGUAUGGGAGGCUCCUGCGCCGCACCCUGAUGCGCUACAGCAACCUGUGCAGUGUGCUGAUCCUGCGCUCCGUCAGCACGGCCGUCUACAAGCGCUUCCCCAGCAUGGAGCACGUCGUGAGGGCAGGCCUCAUGACACGAGAAGAGCACAAGAAGUUUGAGAGCUUGAAUUCCCCCCACAAUAAGUUUUGGAUCCCAUGUGUUUGGUUCUCCAAUCUGGCUGUGAAGGCAAGGAAUGAUGGGAGGAUCCGGGACAGUGUGCUGCUCCAAGGCAUCCUCAAUGAGAUCAACACCUUGCGCAGCCAGUGCGGGCGACUCUAUGGCUACGACUGGAUCAGCAUCCCCCUGGUCUACACCCAGGUAGUGACCGUGGCUGUUUACAGCUUCUUCCUGGCCUGUUUGAUUGGGAGGCAGUUCCUGGAUCCAGAAAAAGCAUAUCCUGGCCAUGAACUAGAUCUCUUCGUGCCUGUCUUUACGUUCUUGCAGUUCUUCUUCUAUGCUGGUUGGUUAAAGGUGGCUGAGCAGCUCAUCAACCCUUUUGGGGAGGAUGAUGAUGACUUUGAAACCAACUGGCUUAUCGACAGAAACCUCCAGGUCUCCCUCAUGGCAGUGGAUGAGAUGCAUCAGGAUUUACCUGUUCUGGAGAAGGAUCUGUACUGGAAUGAGCCUGAUCCUCAGCCACCCUACACCGCAGCCACCGCUGAGUACAAGCGCCCGUCGUUCCUUGGCUCCACUUUUGAUAUCAGCAUGCAGAAAGAAGACAUGGAGUUCCAGCCCCUGGAGCAGAUUAAAGAGAAUGAGGAGGCCAACCACUCCACACCAUUACUGGGACACCUGAGCCGCCUCCUGGGUGUCCAGUCACCAACCUUCUCCAGGUCCUCUUCCCGGAUGAACCUGCUGCGCCGGCGAGGAGAACCUUCAUCACCCUUCUCCCAUUAUUCCUACCACGACAUGGGCAAGCCUGGAAGCCCUUGUGGCAUCAAUCAGCCAAAGGGAGACUCCCAGGAGCCGUGGGACAACGAAGAUGGGAAACUCAGGGAGCUUGAUGCCUUCAUGUCAACCCCAUUUUAUGAGAGACCUGGUUUCUACAGUGCUCCACAGACUCCCAUCAGCUCCAUCCCCAUGAUCUUCCCUUCCAGGCGCCAAGGCCGCAAGAAGCCUCCGGCGCUCUCCAGCAUUGCUGCUUGCUCUACUUCCCUCAGGGAUGUUGUUGUCAAUGCCUCACCUUCCAGGGCCAGUGACGUGGACAAGAGCCAGAGCUCCCUUGGCUCAGGGGCUAAGGAAACCUUUGUUUGGCCAACAGAUCAGAGCAAAGGUCCUAACUCCAUGUUUGUCACAGUAGAAGAAGAGAAGAGCAGCUCCAGAGAAGGUGUCACCACAGGAAGCCCAGGAGCACAGUCCACAGCAUCAGGCAGCCCCAAAUUCCCCUUCCUGGCAGAGUCCCCCGACCACGAGAAGCAAGGCAGCUUCAAGAGUCCGAAGAGCUUGAAAGCUUCACGCCCACCUUGGCUAACCCUGGAGAGCACAUCACCAGCCACUCCCAAUUUGGAGCAUUCCAGUAACAAAACCCCUGGGGGCAGUGCCUCCCUCUGCUUCUCCUUCACUCCUGUGACAUCUCCAGUGCUGGAGAGGUCUCACAAGGGCAAUCUGGGCCCUGAUGCUCGCAGCCUGAGUUUGGAAGAUGCAGCCAGCGCUCCAGACCAGCAUCCAGAGGUUUCUAGGAACACUGGGAAUGGAAGCACUAAUCCCCCCCCAACAAAAGAGGCAAGAAGAGCAGAGAGUCCAUCCCCCAAUGACUCUGGCAUCUCCCUAGCUGAGGGCGACUUUGUGGGGCUGAUGGAGGUGAUCAUGGAGGCUAGUGAAAGCCCAGGGGAGGAGCAGAUAGACCAGUACAGCUAG